GUUGCUUCGUAGUAGCCUACAGGGCUCUGAUGCUCUCGGCCUAACCUGUCAACUGCGUGCCAACACACCUGCAUUUAAAGAUAAUUAGCCUCCAUGUGUGACUGCUUCCUCGCCGCUCUUUUUCUCAGCAGCAAAACAUUUUAUUAAAUAUAGGUCACAUUAUUUAUUGUUUUGAAUCGUUACUUUGUGUGAAAACAUUUUUGAAAACAUGCACGAUGACAUUAACAACACUCAUGUCGUCAAUCCAACUUGCAGCUGCGCAACCAGUCUGUGUCUGCCUCCUUCUCUUUUUGUCGCAUUGGAUUUAAAGGAGAAGCGGAGUUGGAUAUUAUUGGGAAUUGGACCCAAGUUAUAGAUGGUGGCUGCCUUUCUGCAUCUGUGUGGUGACUAUGGGAUAUCUGGAAACAGGAUUGUCACAGUAACUUGAACAGUGUCCUGCGGGGAAUUUAGGAGACGGACGCAGAAAACGCCGACAGGGAGGUCGAGACACUCGGAGAAGAAACCCGCCGGAUAGCCGGGGAUCAAACUGGAAGGCGUCCAGCUGGCAGGUUGAGCAGACAGCAGUGGGCCUCACAAAACCGAGAACGCAGUGAAGGACACUGGCCUAUCCAGAUACCCACCCCUGCUGGAUCAUGGGUAACCAGACUGGCAGAGACAACCAUGGCACUUCAGGUUCUCCUUUAGAUUUCUUCCACACAGCUCCUACCACGCCCUCAGAGGCAGAGCUGACUGCCAUGGCCUUAUCCUCUGCAGCUUCCUCCAGUAAGGCACAGACGCCAUCACCAGCCGGCAGCACCACCCCCUCCACAAUCUCUCCAUUCACAGACUGGACACAGAAACUGCCUGCUCCCACAGAAUGGGCUGUGAUAAGCAUAGACAGCAUCACUUCAGAGACAAAUGUGAGCGAUGUAGCAGUGAGGCAUGGGAAGGCAGCGGGCAGCCCGACGUCCCUGGCUCCAUCCAGAGGAUCGCCUUCAGAGCAGAGCUGGCUGGAGCGGGAUAGUGGACUGGAGCCACAGGCUGCAGCAGAGAGAGCCGGAGAGGAGAUGACCCUGGUUUUACUCAGUCUGAUGGAGCACUACAGGGCCUCACUAGGCCUGACCCCCAACACAGAUGUUACCACAGGAGCAGUAGAGCUGCUCAGGCACUUGAUAACAGAGAGAGAGGAGCUGGUUGAGGAGGUAGACACACUGAGGGAGACACUCCGGACAGAGAGGUUGGAGUGGCAUCAGUUCCAGUGUGACCUGCAGGUUGCCGUGUCUGUGGCCGACCGGCUGCGGGUCGAGUCGGAGAAGGCUCUGGGUUUGCUCCAGGAGAGCCACAGGGCCGUGGAGGAGCAGCUGGCUCAGGCCCUCAGCAGACAGCAGGAAAAGGACGGAGAGCUGGAGAGUCUGAGGGCUGAGCACAGAGACGUCUGCUGUAAACUGACUGAACUCACCCUGCAGCAGCAGCAGGAGCGAGCCGAGCUGGACACUCUGAGGAACGCAUGCAGGGUGAAAGACCCAACCGAUUGGGAUAAACAGGCAGAGAGACGAGACUCUGAGGGGAAGCAGCAGCAGGAGGAAAUACAGGAGGUGUUGGAGGAAAAACCCAGGGAAGUUGAAGCCGACACUGAAGCUAAAAAUGUUGAAAAGCAAGAGGAUGAGAAUGAAACAAAUCAAGAGGUGGAUCCUCAAGUUGCGCGUCAUGAUCCUGAGGAGGCAAAUGGAUCAGGGAGCGUGCUGCUGACAGGGAAAGGGGUGGCGGAGGGAUACAUUCGUAGUUUGGCUGCGCUGGAGAAGAAAGGGACAGAUCCAAGGAGGAUUGUGAUGCUGUCUGAAAGAUCUUGGAGUCUCUCUCGUCUCCCACUCCCAACUGACUCCUCCAGCCAAAAUGGGACAUCAAAAAACACUAGCACAACACUGCCGCUAUGCAAGAAAGAAGAGCCACCAAAACGGAGAAGGAUGGACCGCAUUUUACAGCGGCAGGACAGCUGGUCCAGCUUUUACCCAGGAAAACAGGAUGAGGACCAAAGCUCAGAUUCCAUCAAACCUCAGGAUGGUUUCAGUGCUCUGCUGAGGCGUCAUGGCGGCUCCAGGAGAAACUCCCUGCUGCGCUGGUGCCAGAAUCGUACCCAAGGUUAUAAGUAUGUUUUGUGGCAGAAUAUUGAGAUCACAAACUUCAGCAGCAGCUGGGAGGACGGCUUGGCAUUCUGCGCCAUUUAUCACACGUAUUUACCAACUCGCAUCCCGUACGACACCCUCAACCGAGCAGACAAGAAGGAAAAUCUGGACCUUGCUUUUAAGACAGGAGAGGGCGUGGGAAUCACAGCCACACUUACAGUGGAGGAGAUUCUGAAGGCAGACGGGCCGGACUGGCAGAGGGUCCUGGGUUAUGUCGAAAGCAUUUUCCGCCACUUUGAGAUGUGACGUUGUUUCCUAUCGUCUCGUUGUUGUGCCUGGUUCUUUUCGAUCAUUGUGACUGAAGGACUGAGACUGUUCCCCACAAGAGGGAGCUCUACUCAUAAUGAACCCAGAACAGCCAGGAUUUAAAAUGUCAGCAAUAUGACCUUGACGUGAUUUUAUGUAUCAAUACAAUGUCCUUCACACAGAAAUGACCCAGAUGGUGGAAACUAAACUUUCCAGUAUUUGAAAUUUUCUAAAUGCACUCUAUUCAGAUCCAAAUAGCUACUGGGUGAUGAUGCACAAGACACCAAAAUAUUUGUCUUUUUUUUUUAACAGUGCAGGAAUAUCAACACCUGCUUAUGAAUUACUUUUAAUUUUGUUGAUGGGUGCACUGGUUUUGCACUGUUUGCCUUUUCAAAAAAUAAUGAGCACUUUAUGAUGGUCAAUUUGUGUUCUAUUUGUUAUUUAUAUUUUUGUGUUAUAAGUGGAUGAUUUCAGAAUCUGGGGCACUUUUAAGUUUUUUAUGUUCCUUGACUAAGAUUAAAAAAAAGAAAAAAGAUACUUUAUUUUUUUAUCAUGAACCUCUGUUAUACAAUAUCAUGUCUGCAUGCAACCAAACCUAAAACAACAAAACAAAGAUAGGGGCAGACAUGAAUCCAGAUUUUAUAUGUUGGAAAAGUGAUGUUUUAACCUUAAAUGCUACAGUUACCCGUCCAAGGGAAGUUGCCUUUGAAGAAAAGUAUAUAUGAAAAUGUGUGUAAAGCGCUUCCGUAUUUCUAACAUGGUAAACAUAUGAAGAUGUUGUUGCCAAAGCACUAUUGCAAUAAUAAAGUUAUGUACAAGGAA